GGCCUCGCCUAGGUCAGACUUCGGCCUCCGCGCGCAGGCCCGUAGCGUAGCCGGGCGGAAGCGCGAACAUAGUUCCCUCUCCCGGUUUCCGGUUAUCUGAGGUGUCCCAGGCGCUCCUCCUCCUCCUCCAGGAAGUCCUCCCAUUGCCACCGCCCUCUUUAACCAUCCGCAAUCUUCAGUGUUCAUGUCCGUCCCCAGAAGGUUUCAUUCAUUCAUUAACUGCUGGUUGUCCGCUCCGCUUGGCCGUGGGCGCCAGGAACUGCCCGCAGGUUCGCCAACACAACCCAUGAGAGCGUCAACUUCACCCUUCACACUACCCUGGGUGCCACCACGAAGCUGGUGCUCCCGACACCUGCCAAGCCCAUCCUUCCAGUGCAGACAGGGGAGCAGGCCCAGCAGGAGGAGCAGUCUAGUGGCAUGACCAUUUUCUUCAGCCUUCUCGUCCUAGCCAUCUGCAUCAUCCUGGUGCACCUGCUGAUCCGGUACCGACUGCACUUCCUGCCUGAGAGUGUGGCUGUUGUUUCUCUAGGUAUUCUCAUGGGAGCAGUUAUAAAAAUUAUAGAGUUUAAAAAGCUGGCAAACUGGAAGGAGGAAGAAAUGUUUCGCCCCAACAUGUUUUUCCUUCUCUUGCUGCCACCUAUCAUCUUUGAGUCCGGCUAUUCACUGCACAAGGGGAACUUCUUUCAGAACAUCGGCUCCAUCACCCUCUUUGCUGUCUUUGGAACGGCGAUCUCUGCUUUUGUAGUAGGUGGAGGAAUUUACUUUCUGGGUCAGGCUGAUGUAAUCUCUAAACUCAACAUGACAGACAGUUUUGCAUUUGGCUCCCUGAUAUCUGCGGUUGACCCAGUAGCCACUAUCGCAAUUUUCAAUGCACUGCACGUGGACCCUGUGCUCAACAUGCUGGUGUUUGGAGAAAGCAUUCUCAACGAUGCAGUCUCCAUUGUCCUAACCAACACGGCUGAAGGUCUAACAAGAAAACAUAUGUCAGAUGUCAGUGGGUGGCAAACGUUCUCACAGGCCCUCGGGUACUUCCUCAAAAUGUUCUUCGGCUCUGCGGCACUUGGCACGCUGACUGGCUUGAUUUCUGCAUUGGUGCUGAAGCACAUCGACCUGAGGAGAACACCUUCCCUGGAGUUUGGCAUGAUGAUCAUUUUUGCUUACCUGCCGUACGGGCUGGCAGAGGGGAUCUCACUCUCGGGCAUCAUGGCUAUCCUGUUUUCUGGCAUCGUGAUGUCACACUACACACACCAUAACCUCUCCCCAGUCACCCAGAUCCUCAUGCAGCAGACCCUCCGGACUGUGGCCUUCCUGUGUGAAACGUGUGUGUUUGCAUUUCUUGGCCUGUCCAUUUUUAGUUUCCCUCACAAGUUUGAAAUUUCCUUUGUCAUCUGGUGCAUAGUGCUGGUACUGUUCGGCAGAGCCGUCAACAUCUUCCCUCUGUCCUACCUGCUGAACUUCUUCCGAGAUCACAAAAUCACCCCCAAGAUGAUGUUCAUCAUGUGGUUCAGUGGCCUUCGAGGGGCCAUCCCCUACGCACUGAGCCUGCAUCUGGGCCUGGAGCCCAUGGAGAAGCGGCAGCUCAUCGGCACCACCACCAUUGUUAUUGUGCUCUUCACCAUCUUGCUGCUGGGCGGCAGCACCAUGCCCCUCAUCCGCCUUGUGGACAUUGAGGAUGCCCGGGCACGCCGCAGGAGCAAGAAGGAUGUCAAUCUCAGCAAGACUGAGAAGAUGGGCAAUGCCAUCGAGUCAGAACACCUGUCAGAGCUCACCGAGGAGGAGUACGAAGCCCACUACAUCAGGAAGCAGGACCUGAAAGGCUUCAUGUGGCUGGACGCCAAGUACCUGAACCCCUUCUUCACACGGCGGCUGACACAGGAGGACCUCCACCAUGGACGCAUCCAGAUGAAAAGCCUCACCAACAAGUGGUAUGAAGAGGUCCGCCAGGGCCCGUCAGGCUCUGAGGACGAUGAGCAGGAGCUAUUCUGAGCCCACAAUGUCUUGGGCCUGGAAGAAGAUGCCUCAUACAGCCUCCUCAGAACACAGGAUGGUAGGUCAAGGGCUAGUCCUAGCUAGGAAGCUUCGGGCCUUUGGAGAGUGCUGGCUUAGAAAUAUGAUCGGCCUCCAUGACUCACGGAACCAGACCUGCCCCGGUGUUGUUUCUGGGCCUACAGAGGAGGGCAGCAGCAGCCAGCCCCCUUUCUGCUUCUGUGCCAGGCCACAGAGAACACUUGGCAGGCUGGCUUGCUCAGCUCACUCUGUGCGUGGGCCACACCUUCCUCACAUCUCUGGAGCAGCUGCUGGCAGGCACAUCUGCUCUUUGUCUCCGCGUUGUCAAGGAGCCUUGGUGGCAGCAGCAGCAGGAGCAGCCUCAACCUGGUGCCAAGGCCAAGAGAUUCUGAAAGCCUCACACUCCCUGUCCUGUGUCCUGUGUUCCCAAAGAGAAAGGCUAAAGGACCUUUUUUUUUUUUUUUGACCUGAAACUGGCACCUCUCAGCCUGCCUUUGGGCGGGCAGCUGCAGCCCUUCUGUGGGCCUAUUGCAAAUGUUUACACUGGUACCUGGCAGGGGUCAGCCUGCAGGCUUCUAGGAAAGGUGUUGGCCUAUCCCCUGGUUUUGGAAUACCCUCUGAAGAGACACAGGGGGUCUUUAGACCCUGUAAGCACAGGGUCCUUGGGGUGCCUUUCCUAAGUGUGGGAGCCACCUCCACAUCCUCUCUCUCCUCUCCACCAGUCUCCUUCAUUCUUGUCCUCUGCCCGGAGGCCUCUUACUAGACCCUAUAGUGUGAAGCUCCUCCCACCCAGCUGCUGCUGAGAGCCCAGCCUUUACCAGUUCCUGGAGCUUGGGUCCUCUGCCCUCCAUGCCUCAGAUCUCCAAGACACUGGGACAGUGGCCAGAGCACAGCGCCUGAGACCAGGGUUCCCCACUCCAAUCAGUUGCCACUUGGGAUGCCGGUGACUUUGGGUCACACAGACACACUUCCGUGCAUGUCUCAGGCUAAGGCAAUGGUCACUGCCUGAUGUCCUUACCUGCCCUUUUAUAGCUGCUGCAGUCUGCCCAUCCGUGGCCCUUCAGCAACUACCCAUGUGGCCCUAGGCUGUCCUUGCGCCCCUGGUGGCAUGGUUGUUGUGUAUGGCCUUGGCUCACAAUGGGGGCACAGUGGGUCUGAGUGGGGUUUUUGCAGGUGUUUUGCACCUCAGGGGCUGUGGUUCUGAUGUUGGCAGAGGGCCAGGCCUCUGAGGCCUCCACCUCACUCUGCUGCAGAAGGUGGCCAAGCUGGAGGAGGCAUGUAGUCUGCUUCUGUACAUAAGGUCACUUGUCCUUGACGCAGCCAAGCUGGGUCCUCUUCCACCCAUGGCCUUGUGGGAUUGGGAGUGGGGCUGGGCUCGGGCUCAUCUCUGAGAUGGAAGCUGCUUCCCAGCUCAGUACUUGCCAAGAUUUCUUUUUAACCCUUAAAUUCGUAGAGGAAGCAGUAAAGCUUCGGGUGUCAUUCACUGGCCCCUUGUCACCAGGCCUCUCGGACAUACCACUCUUGGCCUCCUGCUUUUACCUGAGACCUGAAGUGAGCUUCCGGGAGCUUGGUGGGAGGGCUGCUGCACCAGCCCUGCAUGUCAGUAGGCACCUCACCUCUGCCCCUUCCCGGGGACUGUGGGCUUAGCACCUGAGAGAGUGCCCAGCCUUCCAGGGCCCACAGCCAGGGAGCAAAGCUCUAGAGGGGAUUUCUCAGAUGAGAGGCCAAGUGCCGCUGUCAGCUCCUCAGACCCCGCUAGUCCUGUUGUAUGCAGCGGAGAAUGUGUGCGUGGUAGAUGACCCAGGUGUGCGGGCGGCAAAGUUCAGUCUAGGCCAAGGGACA